AUGGAUCCAGCACAAGCUAUAUUGUUAGAGGAAAUCACAAAAAAUAGCAUAGUCAAUGAAACCAUAUUACGUGGCGACUCUACGGUACAACAGUUCUACGAAAAUGCUGUUAUAUUUGUGAGUGGCGGUUCUGGUUUUCUCGGUAAAAAUCUGAUUGAAAAACUAUUAAGAUCAUGCAAUGUGAAAAAAAUUUACGUGUUACUUCGACCCAAGAAGCAGAAAACGGUUGAAGAGAGACUCGCACAAUUGGUAGAUGAUUCGGUAUUCGAAUGCUUGCGAACAAUGAAACCGAAUUAUGCAAGUAAAAUCUGUGUUAUACCAGGCGAUGUUGGGGAAUUAAGUUUAGGUAUAAGCUCCGAAGAUACCAGGAUUGUCACUGAAGAGGUAAAUGUAAUAUUCCACGCGGCCGCUACUACGAACUUUAUGGAGCAUCUAAAGAAAGCGAUUUUGAUCAAUACUCGUGGUACACAAGAAAUGCUAAAAUUGGCAAAAAACUGCAAGAAAUUGAAGUCGUUUAUCUAUGUUUCGACAGCGUAUAGUCACGCAACUAAAAAGUACAAAGGCAAAACCAUGUUAGAAGAGUUUCAACCAACCCCAUACAAGCCGGAGCUGAUGAUCCAACUCGCCGAGCAGUUUAACGAAGCUGCACUCGAGAGUAUGACUCCAUCUCUACUUCGGGAGUGGCCAAAUACAUACUCAUUUACGAAGGCUAUAUCCGAAGAAUUAGUUCGUAACAUGGUUGGUCAGUUUCCGAUUGCCGUGAGCAGACCGGCGAUAGUCAUUGGCGCAUACCGUGAACCAAGUCCUGGUUGGAUAGACCUGAGCGCAAUAUAUGGCGCUAGUGGUAUGAUUAUGGGAAUUGGUGUUGGUAUACUGCAUUUAAUGUAUUCGAGACAAGAAAUCUUAUUGGACUGGGUGCCGGUGGAUCUGGUUAGCAAUGCGAUAGUGGCUUCAGGUCAGAGAACAGCAGUGCGAUGGAGCAAUGGCCACAAAGAUAUCAAGAUUUAUACAACCACUGGCUACAGGAAUCCACAGAGUUUACACCAGCACACUAAAAUAAUAAGAAAACAAGCUUCUAAGGUUACUACAGACAAAGCCAUUUGGUAUAAUUUUUUAAUUCAUGUGGAAUCUUUCCCACUUUUUGUCCUUUUGUUUUGGCUAAUGCAUUACAUCCCUGCUUAUUUGGUAGAUGGCAUGCUUAUAUUGAUGAGAAGACGCCCAGUACUUAGAAAACUCUAUGCUAAGGCGUAUAGAUUAAAUGCUGCCGUAAGUGUUUACCUCCACAAUGAAUGGAAAUUUGAUGAUUCCAAUCUUUAUGAAAUGUAUAAAGAGUUGUCCCCUGCAGAUCAAAUAAUAUACAAUAGCGAUAUGGCAGACCUCGAUUGGAAAAGGUAUAUUGUGAUCUGGUGCAUUGGUAUAAGAAAAUACAUAGUAAAGGAUGGUAUAAAUAAAACUGAGUACGCUGUUAAGAAACAGAAACGUUAUCUGAACACCCUGACUGGUGCGCAUAAACUGUCGUGGAAGUGCAUAACCUGCGUGAGUAAAGUGCCCAAAAAAGACAAUACCAAUACACCGGUACGGGGCCCUGCGUGUCAUAUGACGGUGACCCGCGGAGCGGCUGCGCCGAGCCCGCCGAGCCCACGGGAGGAGAUUAGUGUGCGGGACGAGUCUCUGGAUGAGUCGAGAGACGUACCGUUUGAGCUCACUGGGUUUGGUGUGGAGAAGUCUUUCCGAGUUCUCGUAGAGGAAGUGCGCCUUUCCGGCAAGAAAUGA